UUGCGCGGGUGGAGGGUGCGACAACCGAUCAGGGUAGUCGCCCCACAGUGAAAGUCGGCGUCAGUACGGUCCGUACCGACAACUAAAUUGCACGACGCGUUCACUAUUUUCUCUAUGUACGCCGAAAAUAUAACCUAUAAACUUUUUGCAGCGUUGUAUCAGUGCGCCAAUGCACGAAAGCUGCUAAAAAUAGUCUGGGUUCGCGCGCUCGCGUCGCCCGCAACCGGCUCUCGUUUUCACUACUCAUACUAUUUCUGUCUAUAGAAAAGUUAUAAGGCAAUCUUUGCAAAGGAAAAUAGAUGGACUCCUGUGCAGACAAUGAAAAAAGUGCGAAAAAAAUACCGAUAGUCGCGAAGCGACAGUGUCUCCCGAUGUUGUUAUAGUGCAGUGACUAAACUUAAAUUAUAACGACGCACACGCUGAAAAAAUGGCGCUUGUUAUGUUACCUUGCGACCUGCCAUGGUGGACUUCUGUGCAACGCCACCUCAAACAUUUACUCGUGGCUUCCUCGCCGGCAAAACUAAUGGGCAGCAUGCUUAAAAUUCACGAUAUGUGCAAUAUAGGGAUAGAUCCAGAUGACGACAUCAAAGAUCCAGAACUUAUGAAGGGGCUUGAAGAAUUUAUAGAAGAAGAGAUGACAGAGGAGGAAAGGCGGAACUUUUUAGACAAUACAAUACGUAUCAUGGUGAACAAAGCACUACAUCUUAAAAGAUGGCGCCCACCGAAAGGACUCAUGUUUAGUUUACAACAACAAAGUGAUGUGACUGAACUCGAUUAUAAUUUCCUUUCUUCACUCGUUGCUCACGCUUUCUUCUCUACUUUUCCAAAACGCACGCUCAAAUCACAUCCAACGCUGCAAGACUUCAACUUUACGCAUUUUUUUAAAAAUUUACACAGAAAAUCGCAAAGAAAUAAAUUAAAAAGCUUGCUUCAUUACUUCGAAUGGCUAGAUAAAAAUAGCAACGAAGGAUCCAUUAAAUUAAGUAGACAGGUAAUGACAUCAAAGCAAUGGCUGACAAUAGAAGACUGGUUGGAAUGUACGCUUCCCUUGUGUAAGUUGUUGGUGAGGCACGAAGGGCGACCCGAGCGCUGCGAAAACGAUGAAGCAUUAAGGGUUUGCUUCGCUUCCAGCCGUAUUGGUGGUGAAGCACUUCUCGAUGGGGAAUCACAGGAAUCCCUUUCAAUGUUCAUGAUGCCGGAGCUGCUGCCUGUCAUGCUUUCCGUUGAGGCUCUCGAAGACAACGAAGUUUUAAAAGUAGAAGGAGUUAGAAUGUUUAGCAGAAUAAGUGACAAGCGACAGAAGAAUAACGUAGAACUACUCGAUGAACCAAAAACGGUUACAGUUUGCCUUAUGGACGCUGAGGACUACAGCGCGAUGCCUCUUGGUCAAUGGGAAGAAGACAAUGUACUUCGAGAGCUGAACAAAAGUCUAUUAGCUUUCCAGCAAACUCCUAUGAAAUGUCGCGAUUCUCAAAAACAUGAAAGACGACUAUCACCUAUUGGCGAAUCGUUCAGUCAAACACCACCAGAAGUUGAAACAACGGUUAUGAUAAAGCAGGCGUCUUCAUCAAGUACGAUAAAUAGUAUAAGCAGCAGAAGUCCUUCGCCGCAACACUAUACCGCUACAGAACUAAACUUGAAUGAUCCAAGUGUAGAGUUACAAAAACGUAAAUGCUGGUUAUCACCUGACGCUGGCACUUUAAACAACCGACGAGGCAGGUUCAUCGUGCUAGGUUCUUCCGGAGAGUGUCUACCUGUCACCCGGACCGCACACCCUAAUCUCGACACACAGGAAGACAGUCUCUACUCGAGCUGCAACUCAAGUGACGAUGAAUUCCACAGUGCCAAUGAUAGCUUCGAUUAUGGUAGCGAAGAUGAGGGUAGAGGGGAAAGUGCACGUCCAAAUUCAUUCCAAUAUUCCAAAGAACUUUCCACCGAGGAAAGAAGAAUUAGUUUCGCUGACAGACUGAGGGAAGCUCUCCGAAGGGAAGCUGAAAACUCUUGCACCACGAGCACCACUGGGGACUGGUCCACUGACAGUUCUAGUUAUGCUGUCGGUAUCAGCAUAUCUGGAGCUGAAGUUAACGACAAUGAUAUCAGGGUAAAACGAGGUGGUUCCGUCGGAUUCGUGUUGACAGAGAAAGAAAAUAUGGAAAAUGGCAACAGGCCACCUCGACUUCUUUCCAGGAAAGAGACUGGAAACAGUUCUAAGUACAGCUUCAGUACCGAAUAUACUUCAGAAUUAGAAGAAGUUUACGAACAAUUCAACCAGUGGCUGAAUGAUCCCAUUGGGGAUAACGAUAGCUCCGAAAAUAAAAAUAGGGAAUUGGAUUCCCGAGAUUUGGCUGUGAUUAGAUUCGCUGGGUCACUUUUGAAACGAACGCUGAGCGAAUCGAUGGCGAGCGGCGUGGGCGACGGCGCGGACGCGGCGGAGCUGUACGGCCGAGAUUCGCGUGAGCGCAGCGCGCCGCGCCGUCUCGCUCUCGCGGCGCGCUCCCUCUCGCUCGAACUCGCGCGACAUCGGCACCGUCUAGCCGCGCAUCUGAAACGUAAAGUAAAAGAAUCGAUACCAGAAGAUUUAUUAGACACGAGUAUAAACAACAAAACAGAGAAUGAUAACGAGCCGAGGUCCAUCGGCUCCUCAACCGAAACUUGUUCGACGCAAGUGUCGAACCCGAUUAACAGAAAGAAAAAACUAAAUUGGGUAGUAAACAUGAUAGUCGAAACGAUAGAAGAAACGGUCGAAUGCGAACCAGUCACGAUUAAAAUAAAGAAACCAAAGCUAAACCAACUGGCUCAUAAGAUAGUAACGGGCGGGUCGUGUCGUCCCAUAGCUACGGGCAACUGGGGCUGCGGGCGGCGGCAGCGAGGACAUCCACAGCUCAAACUACUGCUACAGUGGUUGUCUGCCAGUGUGGCUGGCGUGCCAGCUCUCAUUUAUUAUACAUUCGGGAAUGAUAAAUUAUUCAAGCUGGACACAUUAGUAAGAGUACUCACAGAUAGGAAAUGGACAGUCGGUCAGCUGUCACGAGCAGUGCUUAAAUUUUCGCGGCAAACGCUACACGAGCCGCACGUCAUUCCCGAUAAUCAUACACUCUUCGAUGAACUAAUCGGUAUCGAAAAAGUUCCGGAUAAUUUUUGAGUUGUCGUUUUUAAUUUCAGAUAUAUUGCAUCGGCAUUUUAUAUUGUAAUAUUACACUGUGAUUGUCCACAAUGUUUUUUUAAGAUAUCCGUUUGUUUUUGACAGAUUUAAGUAUUUAAAUUAUUGUUAGCAAUAGCUCAGAUUAUAAAACAAAUAUCUUUGAGCAUAUAGUUACAAAUUCUUAAUAGACAUUUCAGUAAU